UCCAGUGCUAUUCAUAAACCUAUUAGAAACAGACACACGUUGACUGCACGUAGAAUGGUAGGAGAAUCUGUCGUGGUUCAACAUAGAUUCACUAUCAUUUCUACUCUUCUUUACACUUUUGGAUAACAACUGUUCGCAGACCCUUGAAGAUGGAGUUUUUGCUUCAAAACUUCUCCCUUCUUAUGAUGAAGAACGACAACGUCAACGUGAUGCUCUACAGGUUUCGACAAGCAUUGAGAAAUAAACUACAAGAAGUGAUGUCACAUUUUGAACCCGAGGAAGAGGACGAAGACAUGUUUACCUACUUGUGGUCCUUGCAGGCAGCUCAUAUUCACCUCACACCCGACUUUCCGUCUCACAAGAAAUCCAGGGUCAAGGCCAUUGAACUCCAAAAUUUGAGCUCACUUUCAUGGCUUAGAGGAGACCCACACCAUGCCAUGCGUUUAUAUAACCAAGCAGUAGCGAAUGCCCCUAGUCCUGACCAGUGCGUAUCUGAAGGAGGAGCUCGUGUACAGAUAUCAAAACCAGACCAAACUCUAGCCGAUUGCUACGCCGGCCGUUCUGGAGUCUUCUUCAGUUUAGGAUUUUUUGACCAUUGUCUCAGAGACGUCAAAAGGGCAGUUCAGGCAGGUUAUUCACGCAAGGCUGAACUAGAGAAGUGGAAGAAGAAAUGCCUUAAUGCUAUAGGUAGAGAAACGGAUCUUCCGUACGUCAAGGAGGCAACGCGCAGAUUUCGUGGUCGACCGAGGAAGGAAACUUUCCACGAAAGAUUCAAACUCUACCAACAAAGUCAACUCGGUGGCUACAGUUUAUCUGAAAGUUUCCGGAAGUCACUGUUAUCCGAGGCGGAAAUUCCAAAACUCAAACUCAGUGACCCUCAUCCCACCAUUCCGACCAUGAGCAACGCGGUCACACUGGCCUACACUCCGGCUAAGGGCAGACAUAUACUCGCCGCCCGGGAUAUCUACCCUGGUGAACUGUUAUUUUUGGAGAAAAAUUUCUGCAGUUGUUUGGAUAAGGAAAGUUACGAGACUCGCUGCCUCACGUGCGCCGCUCAGUGCUGCAGCUCCCUCCCUUGCCCCAACUGUAACUUUGUCAUGUUCUGCAGUGAGGAAUGUAGAGAACAAGGUAUUGCUCAUUUCCAUGAACAAGAGUGUGAGGUUUUGCCAGCUCUAGCAGCCUUCAGCGAUGAAAUGGCCACAUUAGUCUUUAGGUUGCUAAUGAAGCUGACAUUCCCUCGUCUCAAGGAAUUGCUGCCCAUUCUGAGGCAGGAGGAAACGACACUGCCUCCCGAGAAACGUGGAUUUAAUGAGGAAGGCUUAUAUGAUGCUGGAGACUUCCGGGCGAUAUAUCAUUUGUGCACUAACAAGCACCAUCUUUCAAGUUUGAUGAGUCUUAGAAUGUGCACCGUGGCUUUCAUCAUUACUAAGAUUCUGAUAGCCUGUAACAAGUAUUUCGUAGAUAGGCACGGGAAUCCCUUAUCCCCAAAUGACGAGGAUAUCGCUCUUGUUGGUGGCACUCUGGUGAGGAUCCUGAUGGUAGUGAGCACCAAUAGCUUCGCUUUCAAGGAAUUACAGGUCUCUCUUUGUCGUAAUAGCGACUUCCUCAAAACCUCCGUGGGAGCAAAACUCUGCUCUACUCUUAGUUUCUUGAAUCACUCCUGCAACCCAAGCGUCUACUCAAGUACCGGAAGUGGCAUCAGUGCCUCUCGAGCUUUCCGUUUUAUCCCAGCCGGCCAGGAGGUGACGACUUGUUAUGGCAUCCCCUUUUACGAUCUCGAGAAGAGCGGGCGAUGGGAACGUCUGAAGGGCUAUUAUUUCACCUGUUGUUGCGAGGCCUGUGAGAAUAACUGGCCGGAAAAGAGUGAGCUCCCCUCCAAGCCGAUGAUGAAGUGCUUGGGAUGUUCAGAACCAGUCAGUUGCAGGUCAGGCAAAUGUACCAAGUGUGACAAGGACGAGGUGGGACCUGGGUCUAACCUGACGGCAAAGAACCAAGAAAUCGGAAAACAAAUCUUAGAUGCAGUGAAGAAGUACCUUCACGUCCGCAACAGUGAGAGGUUCAUGGAUAGAAACGAUGAGAAAGACAUUGAGGUCAUCAGUCAAGUUAUUGAAAUUAUGGACAAAUAUAUGGUUCUGCCGUGCAAGCUUUAUUAUGACGCUCAAGAGGCACUGCAGGUUUACUAUAACCGAGAAGGAAAGUUCACUUACGUCAGUCCUGGGUUAGAGAAUAAGCUCUCUAACUAUUACUGGCCUCCGUCCCCGUGAAGAAGAGUGGCCAGCACGCAACCAGUCAAAACCCUCAAAGAAGUUUAAGGUUUAAUUUACAACAACGAGAAAGUAUUCAAUAGUUAUAUUUUGUAUAUGUUUAGUUCACAAAGCCUGUGAACUAAAAACAUGUUGCAUUUUGUUCUUCGUUCAGUCGCUAGAGAUAGAUAGUAUUAGAACUUCUUAGUUUAAUCAUUAAUCAUGUCCAUUCUGAUUUGGAACGUAUUGUUAUUUAGUGGAUAAGAUUUGUAAUAUUAGUCUUUUGUGUUUGGUUAUUAUGUUAUAUCGUUCAUAUUGAUUACUGUUUAUUUUUCUUAUAAACCUAGUCACGGUGUUGACUAGUUGCAGGAUGGAAACAACCGUGAUAGUCUUGUAGGUUCUUUUCUCCAAGAAGUUACGUAUGUAUAGGAGAUCAACAAGCGAAUAUGUAGCUCCGUCGGAAACCGUGAUGCGUCUGACGAGUAUCGAGUGUUGUCACAUAACUACAUUGUUGCGACGCUAUAGUAAUCAUACAUAGGAGGGUAUGUAAUAUAAAUGAGAACAUAUUGGGUUAUACAGAAAUCGCUGGCACAAAUGUCAUUGUAGUUCUCACAUAUCUACAGAAUGUCAAGGAAUAUAGAAAGUUAUAUUCUGAAAGAUGUAUGGCCAAGGUUAUUCAUUGAACACUUUCUUUAUUUCAGGUACGACAUGUGAUGAUAUAAUGUGAUUGACUGAAUUGAAGAAAUUGUUUCCAAUAUAGGCCUAUACAAGCUAUUUUUUUGUUAACCGCCCAGACAAAUAGAAUACAAUGGAAUGAG